AUGGCGACGACUACAGAGCGGACGGCUGCGGCCAGCUCGAAGUCAUUUGACAUCGUGGCGACAUACAAUGAGCUCCUACGCUCCGACCCCGAUCUUACCAUGCCCAUCGCCGCCAUUGAAGCGCUCGUGCUUGUCCUCACACACUCGCCCUCCUCGACGAUCUCCGAGACUCUCGACCUGCUCGAGAAAUCUACCGCCCACCUGAAAAAGUCGAUCCCUAACCCCAUUGGUCUUUCGGCCGGAACCGAUCUCUUCCAGCGAUAUUUAAUUACCACAUUACAACGGCCGGGCCAGCUGGGUCCUGCGGGAGACUUCAAGGCUAUCCGCACCCAUCUUUUGUCGAACGGGCGAUUGUUCAUCCGGCGUGCGAAAGAGAGCCGAGAGAAGAUCGCUGCUUUCGGUCGAGGCUUCAUUCGCGACGGCUGCACGGUGCUUACAAAUGGCGGAUCCAGAGCUGUCGCGUCGCUGUUGCAGAAAGCUGCGGACGAGGAGGGCGGUCCGUCCGCCGUACGCUUCCGGGUAAUCUAUGUCUUGUCCUCGAUUAGCAAGAACAUUGAGGAGCCCUCCGGGGAGCCCGAGGGUAUGGAGACGGUGCGCACCUUAAGAGCGAAGGGUGUGCCUGUCUCUACCAUCCCAGAGUCGGCGGUGGCCUAUGCUCUUGGGAAGGCCGAUAUGGUGAUUGUUGGUGCAGAGGGUGUUGUGGAGAAUGGAGGCAUCGUGUCCCGCAUGGGUACCUACCAGAUUGGUCUCCUUGCCAAGGCAAUCGGCAAACCGUUUUAUGUGGUGGCUGAAAGCCACAAGUUCGUCCGACUCUACCCACUUGGUCAAUAUGACCUGCCGAUCGAACAGCGCGUGGUCGAGUUCAGGUCCGAGGACGACAUUGCCGAGCAGGGCAAGCAGGAGUCGUCGGUCGACGCCAAUGGCGACAAGCCGAUCGAGCUGCCACUCUCCGACUCAGUGGAUUUCACGCCACCACACUUGAUCUCGGCGCUGAUUACCGACAGCGGUGUCUUGACCCCCAGUGCUGUUAGUGAGGAGCUGAUCAAGAUUUGGUUUUAA